CUUUCCCUCACGCGCGUCCAUCUUCUACGCAUUUUGCUAGUCCGAUGAAGGAGGGAGAGAAGGCGGAUAAUUAAAAAAAAAUACAGUUAAUUUGAACACCUGCGAGAUGAAAAAAGUAACUUCUGAGCAAAUUAAGAAUUGGUUCACCUCAGGGGCGACCUUUGCUUCCAUUAAAAUCACCCAGGAGGUGGUGAAAAGACAAAUUGACGAAACGCCCUCAAAAGAAACGAGCCCAACAGAGGCUCCUGUUGAGGUCAGCCAACAAAAUGUGAAAUCUGAUGGAGGGUGCUUCAAGAAACCAGAAGGUGCCUCAGGUACUGCUCCUCUUCCACUCAUCAGCUACAAGUACCCCAGCUUGCCCAUUGCCAAAAGCAGACAGGAGCUGAUUUCUCUCAUAGAGAACAACUCUGUAGUGAUUGUUCGAGGAGCCACAGGCAGUGGCAAGACCACCCAGCUGCCACAGUACAUUCUGGACCACUACAAUGAGAAAAAUAACUUCUGUAACAUUGUGGUCACCCAACCACGCAAAAUUGGGGCCACCAGUAUUGCCCAGUAUGUAGCCACGCAGCGGAAGUGUACCCUGGGCAGUCUGGUGGGAUAUCAGAUUGGCAUGGAGAAGAUAGCCACUGAGAACACCCGGCUCAUCUACAUGACUACAGAACUGUUGCUGCAAAAACUGGUUCAAGACAAGUGCCUCACAGAGUACACCCACAUUUUCGUAGAUGAGGUUCAUGAGCGCACAGAGGAGAUGGACUUGCUCCUGCUGGUUUUGAGAAACCUGCUCAAUUCCAACUCUCCUUAUGUCAAGAUCAUCCUCAUGUCAGCUACCAUUAACUGCAGACAGUUUGCUCAGUACUUUGCCAGCCUAGUUCGAGGCAAGAUGAGCCCGGCCUAUGUGUUUGAAGUGGAGGGUUCACCCUAUGCAGUUGAGGAGUUUUAUCUGGAUGACCUCCACAGACUGCUUCCGUGCAGGUUUGAGCUGCCUCAUAUAGAUGACCCGAACAUCCCAGUGGAGAUGUACAGUCUUGCCGUCAGUCUCAUCCAGAGCUUUGAUGAAAUGGAGGGCAGAGAUUCCAGCAAAGCAGACACGGGAGGAGGCAUGACUUCAUCAGAGCGAGGCAGCGUGCUGGUUUUCCUUCCUGGUUUACACGAGAUAAGAUGCAUGCAGGAGGCCUUGUCCAAGCUGGUCCACCGAAGAUUGCAGAUUUAUCUUCUUCACUCCACUGUGAUUCUAGAGGAGCAGAACGGUGUGUUUCAGCUCCCUGUCCCUGGAUACCGAAAGGUCAUCCUUUCCACCAACAUUGCUGAGAGUUCGUUGACUGUUCCAGAUGUCAAAUAUGUGAUUGACUUCUGCCUGGCCCGUCACAAUGUCUGUGACCAAGACACCAAUUAUCAGUCCCUGCGUCUCACCUGGGCAUCCAAAACCAAUUGCAACCAGCGUCGAGGUAGGGCAGGUCGAGUGUCGAAGGGCUACUGUUACCGUCUGGUUACCAGAGAGUUCUGGGAGAAUGAAAUCCCUGACUACAUGAUCCCCGAGAUGCAGCUUGCCCCGUUGACCAAGAUCAUGUUGAAGGUGAAGUUGCUGGACAUGGGAGAUCCCUACUCAGUCCUCUACACAGCACUGUCACCCCCCCACCUUGGUAACAUAGCGAGAACAGUGCUUCAACUCAAAGAGAUGGGUGCGCUUUCUAUGAAAAGUGAUGGCAAGGAUCAAAAUAAUGAUGGGGAGCUAACGUUCCUGGGUCGUGUUCUGGCCCAUUUGCCAGUCGACAUAUAUCUGGGAAAGUUGAUUGUCCUGGGUCACACCUUUGGCUGCCUGGAUGAGUGCCUCAUCAUAGCUGCCUCGCAGUCUCUGAAGAGUUUCUUUGCCAUUCCAUCUAUGCAGCAGCUUGCGGGUCACAGGAGCAAGUUAGCCUUCACGUGUGGCACACCAAGUGAUUCAAUAGCUUUUCUCAAUGCCUUCAAGGCAUGGCACAAAAGGAAGGGACAGCUGAGACACCCAAAGGAAGAGUUGGACUGGGGGAAAGAAAACUUCAUCCAGAUCAAGAAGAUCAGGGAGGUUGCCGAGCUGUAUGAAGACCUGAAGAAACGUGUGUCCAGGUUCAACAUGCAUGUGCCGGAGGACCCUCAACCCUCGGAUUACACCAACACACACUGGCAGAAGUUCAUUCUUCAGGUGGUCAUUGCUGGUGCCUACUACCCCAACUACUUCGUCCAGCAGGACAUAGAUGAAGACCUGGCCACCAGAGAGUUGAGCGGCCAUAACCCCAGAACAACAGUGAUGGUGAGGAACCUCCCUCCGUACAGUUUCCUAUAUUACAAGCAGCUGCAGUCACUCUUCCGCCUGUGUGGACAGGUCAAAGCCAUUUUCUUUGACAGCUCAAGAGCCUAUGUGGAGUUCUACAGGACAUCCAGAGAGUCGGGCGUGCUGCCUGAGGUGUCUCUUGCCCUCCACCUUGCACAGCAGAGUCGAUCCAUGGAGUUGUCGGUCUACCCCACUGAACAGAUAGAAAACGCAGCUGGGAACAGAAGCUUAACACACAUGAGACACGCACGGGUGAAUGUAGACUUCCAGAGCCAGUCUGUCCGUCCACUGGAAGCAUUUAGCAGGGAUCUGGAACCAGACAAGCUCCCCCCCAGCCGCUUGUUUGUGGUCAGCGUCACAGAGGUGUUAGACGUGGGUCAUUUUUGGGGCUUCCAGGCAGAUGAAGCAAGCUUAGAGAAGCAGCGCCAUCUAACAGCAGAGAUAAACAAACGCACACUGCAUCCUGUAACAGUGAUGCUCUACCCUAACCUGCUGUGUCUGGCUCCAUACUCUGAGGUCAAUGACCAGAGCUUGUACUACCGUGCAAAGAUCCUGCACAUCCGUGGCAACAAAGUGGAGGUAUUCUUCUUGGACUUUGGCAACACAGAGGUUGUUCCCAGCAGCAGCCUCAGAGAGAUCCCUUCUGACUUUGUGUCUCACCCAUUCCAGGCCAAGGAGUUCCAAGUGGCUGGAAUGCAUCCUUCAGCCCAGUCCAUCAUCUUGGGGGGCCAGUGGAGCAGCCAAGCACGCAACUGUUUCAUCACACUGGUGAAGGACCGUUCACUUCUUGUAUCGCUGUACUCCAUCCAGCACGGCAUCAUGCGUGUACAGGUGCUCAUCAACACAGAGACAAAAAACACCAGCGUGGUUGACAUCUUGGUGCAAAAAGGACAUGCUGUGAAGGCUGAUGAAGGUUUAGAUUCCAAGCAAAACCAUGAGGAACUGAUGUCACUGUUCAAGGACUUGGAAACGGGUAGUUAUGUCCCUAACACUGUCAGCAGCAGCUGGAAAGAUCGCAAGAAAGAGGAGAAGGAGCUCAUUGACCACCUGCUCAGCCACUUUUCCAUGAGCCGCCAGUCCUUUGCCAGAACAAAGAUUCACCUGCGUGGACCAAACAGUCCUUUUCAGACAAGCUUCCACAGCUUGAGCCACAAUUUCUUCUACAAGACGGUGUGUAUCAACAGCAGCAUCAGCUCCUUGGCCAUGAAUGUGAACCCUCACUACAAACAUCAGAGGAUGCUGGUGGCUGGCAGUGUGUCAGUCAACGCCACAGGGUCACAGAUUCUACUGAAAGAUACCUCCUUCAUGCCAGACAUCCCUGGACUGCCUGCACUUAUCACCAUGCUCUUCACUCCCAUCAUGGAGUUACGCACUGAUGAAGAGAGGACCUGCUACACUGGUGCCCUCUGUGGUCUGGGCUGGAACAGUCAAACACAGGAGGGCGUCCUACCUGAGCAUGACAUCGAACUGACCUUCGAUGUGAAAUUUGAUGUUGAAGACAUCACUGAGAUAAAUUCUUUGCGAGUUGCUGUGAACCGUCUCUUGUGUGAGGGCGCCGGUGGCACUUUGCAUCGGUGGCCAGCUGAGAUAGUCCAACUGCAGGAGGAUUGCCGGGACCGCCUCACAAGACUGUUCACAAGGUCACCAGCAAGGGAAACUAUAAAGCCGAUGUACUACAAGAACCCAGAGAAAUGGAACCAGCUGGACCCUGCUCUGAAGAUGGAUAUUGUGGACCCAGCAGCCAAGAAGACCAGAGGUGCUCUUUUCCUGCUGCAUCCUGUUGCUCUCCUCAACGGCUAAAAAAAUAAAUAAAAAGCCACUGGACGUCCAUUUUCUUUUUUUUUUAAACACUGUUUUUGUUGACAGUGGUUCUAAUGCUGUACUGUGUUUUAAUGUAUUUAUGUUCAGAGUAUAUAGUUUAAGUUAAAACGGUACUGUAGCUUUCAGUGGGUUAGGAGUUCAGUGAGCAAUUAAAAAUAGUUGUUUGCAACAGAU